AAGGUGUGACGAUACUGUCGGCUGUAUUUGCUGAUUUGAGUUCAACAGAAAGGAAGUAUACGAGUUCGUUGGAUUAACAAGACGGCGGCUCAGAACACAGAUACAGCUGAGGUGUGACCGACAAAGACGGGUUUCCAGAGGAAGAGAGAUGAGUGCUGAAAUUAGCACCAUCCCCACAUUACAGUUGUAUUUGGAUCCCCUUUGGCCAUCGAGUGUUGGAACCUCUGACAUAGACCCCUCCACCGCAUGGGUUUCAGCACCUAAGUCGCCGUACAAACCUCCUUUGUCUUCCAGCAUUAAUAUGGACCCAUCUCAGCCCAGUCCAACACAAGAAGAGUCCUCAGAACUGAGCUCUGAGUUUCAAACUCAGCUCGAUCUGUUCCUGAAGCUGGGGUUUUCCCAAACUCAGGUUCGUGCCGCUUUCCUGAAACUUGGGCUCCACGCGGACACAAACAAGGUUUUGGGUGAGCUAAUAAAGGCUACUGGGGAAGCAGAGGAUAAAGAUGAUACUACAGCCUCAACAACGCUGGUUUCACGCGGGGAUGGUUCUAGUAAAGUCAGAAGCCCCCAAAACCAGAGUGUAGCAACGGUGAUGAACACUCAGGAGGAGCUGGUGAAGGACGAAGACGCACUCAGACCCAUAGUCAUUGAUGGCUCUAAUGUAGCCAUGAGCCACGGGAACAAGGAAGUGUUUUCCUGUCUGGGAAUUCAGCUGGCAGUGAACUUUUUCCUGGAGCGGGGUCACCUUGACAUCACAGUGUUUGUGCCUUCCUGGAGAAAAGAGCAACCGCGACCUGAUGUACCCAUCACAGAUCAACACAUUCUGCGAGAGUUAGAGCGAAGUAAGCUCUUGGUGUUCACACCGUCCAGAAGGGUGGCCGGAAAACGUGUGGUGUGCUACGACGACCGUUUUAUCGUGAAGUUGGCGUACGAAUCCGAUGGCAUCAUUGUGUCCAACGACACUUACCGGGAUCUGCAAGGAGAGCGUCCCGAGUGGAAACGCUUCAUAGAGGAGAGGCUUCUCAUGUACUCCUUCGUCAAUGACAAGUUUAUGCCUCCGGAUGACCCUUUGGGAAGACAUGGACCCACCCUGGACAACUUUCUCAGAAAGACUCCACGUAUACCCAAAAAACAGCCCUGUCCUUAUGGAAAGAAGUGCACUUACGGAAACAAGUGCAAGUUCCAUCAUCCCGAGCGAACCAAACAAUCCCGUGCCCUGGCCGAUGAGCUCAGAGACAAGGCCAAAAUUUCAUCGGCACCACACAAAUCUCCAGUUCCCAGUCAGAGUCCGUCUCUGGAGGAAACCAUAGAGCAGAAACUCUCCCUGGAUCCGUGUGGAUCUGUCAAAAAAAGUUACGCCAGUGAAAAUGUCAUCAUCAUUAACGCAAGCCCACAACCAACCCAGCGCAAGUUUCCAAUGAAGAAAGAGCGUCGACAUUCCCCAACAAGUCUAGAAUCGUUCCCCAAUGGAUCUCAGGAGCGUUUGGAUUCUGGCUUGGGCUCCUACGAAUGCCAUACUUCAGAAACUCCCCACUGCGACCAUAGGAAAUCCAAACCAUCCAGCGGUGGGAGGCAUCGCUACAUUCCACCCAAUAGCCAGCCUUGUAGUUGCUGUUCUUACCAAUCCUACCAAUCCCAGCACCACAGCAGCUCCCCUAACCCAGGUUACAAUCAGCCCAGGUAUCACUCCUAUGGAGGAGGUCCAGUUUACCCACACUCAAACAUGCACCAGUAUUCGUUUCCACACAACAGAGGUCCUCCCCCUCAUCAAGGCUACUGGUCGGACCAUUAUGGUGCCUAUCCUCCAACAUCCCACAAUGCCAUGCAGUCGGAGAGAGGACACGGACACUGGUCUCCAUCCAAUCACAGUCCUCAGUGGUCCGAACGGGAGCAGGUGAGGAAGAAAUUACUAGCGAUUUUUAAUGCACGUUUGGUGGACAGAGCCAUGGACAUGUUCCCAUAUCUUCUGGACCCACAAAGACUUGCCGCAGAGAUUUUGACACUUCAGUCUCAGGAUGGAGCUUUAUGAGAUUAUUUGUAUUCAUCGAAGGUCUAGAUAGUAAUGCUAGAUCCUGGCACUUAAUGUGCCACGUCAAGUUCUCAGUUUAGUGUAUCUAAAGUAACCUUAAAGUCUCAUUAGUCCUCAAUGAGCGCUUCACAUCAGAUGUGUUCUGAUGAGCUGUUUUUGCCGAGUCAUCCCAUAUCGUAA